AAAAAAUCAAAAAAAUGCAGAGAUUGAAGAAACUCAAUAAUCUGAUCCACAUAGUUUUCCUUGUGAUGAAGAUGUUCUUCAUGUAUCCAUCUUCAGCAUCAGAAGAAACCCAUGCUGCAGUAAGCUAUUCAUGUGGGGGCAUAAUAGUAAAACCACCAUUCCUUCAUAAUAAUAAAGAAAACUCUUCCCAACUCUUGAGCCAAAUGCUCAUCUGCAAAUCCGGCAAGCUCUAUUUCAGGACAACUGUCGGUGGUCUUCUCCGAGUUUCUUCCAUUGACUACACCCACAAACACCUCACCAUUUCUCACACUUCUUCUUCUUUUUCUAAUAAUAAAAGUAAUUAUAAUAAUAAUAUUAAUGUGAGAGGAUUGAUUGAGCAGCAGUUGGGUACGAGGAUUUCAUUUGAUAUUCCAGAUCACGUGCCUAAUCCUUGCAACGAGUGUGAGAAGCCGUAUGGUAACUGUGGGGCUGGAUUGAGAUGCGUUUGCCAUCCUAAACAAUGCAGGGAUAAGGUGAUUUCAGGUGGAGCAGUUGUGAAGCCAUGUUGUGAUAUGUUACUGGUUUUGUUCAUCGUGUUGGGGUUCUUUCGGGGAUUUUAAGGUUGUAAUUAAACUCAAAAAAGAAAAAGAAAAAAUUCAACAUGACACUGUUUCUUGCUCUA